UUCACAAACCCAUCUUCUAUUUCUUCAUAUUCUUCAUUCCAAUGCCUCUAAUUUCUAUCCAAACAACAGAAGAAAACUGGGUUCUUUCUCUUUUCCUUUCUUAAAUCCAAAUCCGAUCGAUUUCUGUGCACUUCGUGAUUUCCCAGGCAAGGCAAGGCAAGAAACCCAUUUCGUAUUUCUCUAUUCUUUAAUCGAUUUGAAUCUGGCCGACGCAGCUCCAAAUCUCAUCUCAAGGAUCCAACAAGGGUUAGUUUGUUAAACUAUGGAAGGUGAAACAUCAUGGGUUAGUCAUUAUCUAGAUGAUUCUUGGACUGAAACAAUCACAAUCACAAACACAAACACAAUCACAAACAAAACAGAGUUCGAUUCGUUUUCUGAAAUCAUCGAAGAAGGUUAUUGUAAAGAUGUUUCACUUGAUUUGAUUCUACCCGAUGAUUUACUCGAAAGGAUUCUAGCUUAUCUUCCGAUUGGGAGUAUUUUCAGAGCCGGGUGUGUUUGUAAACGGUGGAACGAGAUCGUUUCUUCUAGAAGAUUCUUCUCGAAUGUUCUUUCUCAGAAACCAUGGUAUUUCAUGUUUACUAGCUCAGAAGAACCGAUCGGUUAUGCUUAUGAUCCCCUGCUCAAGAAAUGGCAUGGAAUUGAUCUCCCAUGUAUUGAAACCUCAAGCUGGUUCGUGGCUUCUUCAUGUGGAUUGGUUUGUUUCAUGGAUAAUGAUACUAGGACAUCUGUUUUCGUUUGUAAUCCGAUUACCAGGUCUUUCAAAAAGAUCAUUGACCCACCUGGAUUGCGUUUCUCUGAUUACACAUCGUUUUCGAUGUUCUUCAAUCGAAAAUCCAAGAGUUAUUUGAUCACUAUUGUGAAAUCGAAGCAAGUCCCUGAUAAUUUCCACCAAUGGGAGGUAUCAAUUCAUGUCUAUGAUUCGGGGACGAUGACAUGGACCACGACAGUUUCAGAGGUUUUGAACGGGUGGAGGGGAGGUGUCGAGAGUGUAAUUUGUGACGGGGUCUUGUAUUUUAUGAUACACUCGACGAUAGGUGGUGGAUUGGGGGAGACACGACACGGGGUGGUGACUUACAACCUAACUACGCGAUCCUCGGAUGGUUUGUUAACGAGGAAUUACCUUGCGGUUCCUUGUUCUUUAACUUGCGGGCGAUUGAUGAAUUUGAGGGAGCGAUUGGUUAUGGUUGGGGGAAUUGGGAAACAGGAUCGGACUGAUAUAAUUAAAGGGAUUGGGAUUUGGGUACUUGUUAAGAAUGGGAGGGAAUGGUUUGAAGUGUCGAGAAUGCCUCAUCGGUAUUUUCAAGGAUUUGGGGAGUUUGACGAUGUUUUCGCGAGUAGUGGGAACGACGAUUUGGUGUAUGUGCAGAGUUACGGUGGACCUGCGCUUUUGGUAUUCGAUAUGAGUUUGAAGCAAUGGAGGUGGUCGCAGAAGUGCCCGGUUACUAAGAGGUUUCCUCUUCAAUUGUUUAGCGGUUUUUGUUUCGAACCGAGGCUUGAGAUUUGUCCUUGAUUUUUGUUAUUUUCGAUGUUUUUCGGUUCGGUUUUGGUGAAUUUGGAACUUUGUGAGUUUUUUUUGUUGGGAAAUUUAGUGGUUUAUGAUAGGAAAGAUUAAUGUGGUUAUGGUAUGGGAAUUAUAUAGUGUAUUAAUUCUUUGCAUUCAGAUAUAAUACACAAUUGUUCAUCUUUGCAUUUGAUUUCGGU